UAUUUGUCCGAGGAAAACAGAGACAUGCCCACGAAACCAGAAGUCGCCGAACGACAACCCAGACGUUGUAAUCGAGGAUACCACUUACCAGCUUCGGUUUCUCCGGCUUGGCGGGCGGUCUUAGAUCUCCCGAAACUAUCGAUUAUUCUACAAUAUCUCCAUCGACUCGUCUUCAGUUCAACACGGGAGAAAUGUCUGCGAUCCGCUGUUUUUUAUUCCGCUAGAGUCCACAAGAUUCCCCUAGCCUUUGGACCGAAAAGCAGAGACAUCCCAUGGCAAUAAUCAAAACCAAGGACCAGCUAAACCCCACUAUCAAACGCCAACUUGAUCGCCUCCAGCCAAUCGCCUCGCUUUCCCUCUUCUCUCGAUUUCGGAUUACCGGGUUCACGAACUUAGCCCCCUGUUUCUUGUAGAUUUGCAUCCCUGCACGUGCCCGUUUGCUCAAAUUCACCUAUAAGAUCACCGAGAAGGCAAGAACCUAGGACCCCAUCAGAGCAAUUGCUUCUUUACUGUCGAAAACUUACUCUGCACUUGAAGCUGAAGCGCAGCUGACAAUUCUUGGUACUCAUGGAUGCUGCUAAUCACGUCGGCUCGGCGGCACGGCCCAUCUCGGCUCCGUGCGGCGGGACCCUGGGCAGCCACCUGGCCCGGCGGCUCGUGGAGAUCGGCGCGAGGGACGUGUUCUCGGUCCCUGGCGACUUCAACUUGACCCUGCUGGACCACCUGAUAGCCGAGCCGGAGCUGAACCUGAUCGGCUGCUGCAACGAGCUGAACGCCGGCUAUGCGGCCGACGGGUACGCGCGAGCUAGGGGCGUGGGCGCGUGCGUGGUGACGUUCACGGUUGGGGGUCUCAGCGUGCUCAAUGCCAUCGCAGGGGCUUACAGUGAGAACUUGCCUGUGAUCUGUAUCGUGGGAGGGCCUAAUUCCAAUGACUAUGGGACGAACAGGAUCUUGCACCACACCAUCGGGCUGCCUGAUUUUACCCAAGAGCUCAGAUGUUUCCAAUCAAUCACCUGCACACAGGCAGUGGUGAAUAACUUGGAUGAUGCGCACGAGCUGAUUGAUACCGCAAUCUCGACGGCUUUGAAGGAAAGUAAGCCGGCUUAUAUUAGUAUAAGCUGUAAUUUGUCUGGGAUUCGCCACCCUACUUUUGCCAGAGAUCCAGUUCCUUUCUCUCUUGUGCCAAAGAUGAGCAAUCCAAUGGGCCUGGAAGCAGCAGUCGAAGCAACUGCAGAUUUUCUUAACAAAGCUGUCAAGCCCGUCAUCAUCGGUGGGCCGAAGCUCAGGGUGGCCAAGGCCCAAAAGGCAUUCAUGGAGCUCGCAGAGGCCACCGGGUAUCCAAUUGCCAUUAUGCCAUCGGGCAAGGGGCUAGUUCCGGAGCAUCAUCCCCACUUCAUCGGAACAUAUUGGGGUGCUGUGAGCACAAGCUUUGCUGGGGAGAUUGUAGAAUCAGCUGAUGCCUACAUUUUCGUGGGUCCCAUCUUCAACGAUUACAGCUCUGUGGGCUAUUCCUUGCUGAUCAAGAAGGAGAAAGCGAUCAUAGUGCAGCCCAAUCGUGUGACUAUAGGGAAUGGCCCUUCCAUUGGGUGGGUUUUCAUGGCAGAUUUUCUAAGCGCAUUGGCCAAGAAGCUGAAGAAAAACAGCACUGCUUUGGAGAAUUACCGCAGGAUAUUCGUACCUCCGGGCAUGCCUCUCAAGUGCGAGAAAAACGAGCCUCUUAGAGUCAAUAUUCUGUUUAAGCACAUUCAGGAUAUGCUCGCUGGCGACACUGCAGUUAUCGCUGAAACUGGAGACUCUUGGUUUAACUGUCAGAAACUCCGGUUACCUGAGAAUUGCGGGUAUGAAUUCCAGAUGCAAUAUGGAUCCAUAGGUUGGUCGGUGGGUGCCACUCUAGGAUAUGCUCAAGCUGCCACCGAUAAGCGUGUGAUAGCUUGCAUUGGUGAUGGAAGUUUCCAGGUCACAGCUCAGGAUAUAUCAACCAUGAUUCGAUGCGGACAGAAGACCAUAAUCUUCCUGAUCAACAAUGGGGGUUACACGAUCGAAGUGGAGAUUCAUGACGGCCCUUACAACGUGAUAAAGAACUGGAACUACACUGGUCUCGUGGACGCCAUUCACAAUGGCGAAGGCAAGUGCUGGACAGUAAAGGUUCGCACGGAGGAAGAGCUGAUAGACGCGAUCGCGACAGCGAGUGGGCCGCAUAAGGAUUGCUUGUGCUUCAUUGAGGUGAUCGUGCACAAGGACGACACGAGCAAAGAGCUGCUAGAGUGGGGCUCGCGCGUUUCUGCUGCGAACAGCCGUCCUCCUAAUCCUCAAUAAUCUCUCCUACAUUGAUUUGAGAGAGAGAGAGGAUCCCUUGUGAAGAAGAUGAAUGCUGAUGUACGAGAGCUUUCUGUAUGAUGUAAAUUUUUAACAAGAGUGAAUUGCAGAAUAAAGCUACUGGAAUACCCUCCUGUGACUUCCAGAGAAA